CUCGGCGGAGGAGGCAGCGAUGGCGGCCGCGGCGUCCAUGCAGGAUUUCCUGGAAGAAGCCACCUGCUCCAUCUGCCUGGAGUAUUUCCAGGACCCCGUGCUCAUCCCGGAGUGCGGCCACAACUUCUGCCGGAGCUGCCUGACCCGCAGUUGGGGGACGUCGGAAUCGGAGGCUUCGUGUCCCCAGUGCAGACAGACCUUCGGGCCCCGCAACGUCCUGCCCAACAGGCAGCUGGCGCGGGUGCUGGAAAUAGCCAGGCGAUGCGGAGGCCCUUGGGGCGAGGACGGAGGGAGCUUCUGCACGAAGCACCGGGAGCCCCUCAAGCUCUUUUGUAAGGACCACGAGACCCUCAUCUGCGUGGUCUGCGACCGAUCCGAAGAGCACAGGGGCCACUCGGUGAUCCCGGCGGAGGAGGCUUUCCAGAAAUACCAGAUUAAGGUUGGGGAUUGCCUGAGGACUCAGAAGGAGGAGAAAGAAAAAAUAGCUACAUAUAAAACGGACACAGAGCAAAGAGUUCAGGAGAUGCUUGUAAGUAUUGAUCCAACAGUGAGGAGCUUCGACCUCAUUGAAAAAGAGAAAAAAGAUGUAGUGGCUGAAUUCAGAGAACUACAACUCUGGUUAGAAGGACAGGAGGAGCUUCUGUUGGCUAGAAUGGAAGAGAUGGAGAAGGAUAUUAUGGCAAUAAAGGAGAAGGGUUUGGCCAAGCACAUGGAGGAACUGUGCUCUCUUGACGAUCUCAUCCAGGAGAUAGAAGAGAAGCAUCAGCAGCCAGCCAGCAAACUCUUACAGGACAUUGGAAGCAUCUUGAAGAAAUAUCAGGCAAACGAAAUAUAUGAGAAUCCAGUGGAUUUACUUCCAGAGCCGAAGUGGACAAUCUGGGAUUACAGUGAUAUCAUUGCGCUCCUGAAAAGUGCCAAGAAAAAAUUGAAAGAUACUCUGGAAAGUGGACUUCAACUACAGGAAGUGAAUGUAAGUCUGAAUCCACGGACAGCCGAUCCUGGCGUCCUUGUCAUCUCCAAGGAUCAGAAAAGCGUCAAAAGAAUUGAGCCAAAGAGACUAAUCUAUGCUGACCCAAACCGCAAGAGAUUUGUACUUAAUCCUUAUGUCCUUGGCUGUCAGAGGUUCUCAACAGGGAGACAUUUCUGGGAAGUUACUGUAGGAGAUACAGCAGGAUGGGGUGUAGGGGUUGCCAAGAAGCCGGUGAAAGAAACAUAUGUUGAUAUGCAGACCAGCCAAUGGCUGUUUAAGAAAUGGGGAGGGAAAUACAUGGCUAGCUCUCCAUCAUACUCUGAAUUUGUCCUGAUUGACAAGCCCACGAGGAUCCGCAUCUCUCUCAACUGUGAAAUGGGACAAGUGAGUUUUUUUGAUGCCAGGACUGCAGCUCUGCUCCAUACAUUUUUGGACGCUUCCUUGGUUGGAGAGACCCUUCUGCCCUCUUUCUCUUUGGAUGAAGGCGCCUCCCUGACCCUCCUCUAAAAGAGGGGACAUCCAUAGGCAAAACUUUAAAAAAUCCCUAUUUGCUGAGCAGUGAUCUCCGAAAGGUUCCUCAGCUUUUUGCUACUGCACCUUCCUUUGGUGUUCUAUGCCACACUGAGUUGCUUGCAGUUGUGUAGCCUUGGAAAUGGAAAGAAUGGGUCAGUCAAUCAAUCUAAAAUGAGGUGUCCAGUUGAAGCUUUAUAUAGGCUUUAGGGUCAUAUCAGUAUUAAAAAUACCUUAUCUUACAGCUAAACCCCAAAAUCGUGGGUUUUAGACAUCCGACACAGCUCAUUUAUGUAUCAUGCUUGUUUCUUUAAUGUUUAGUUGCAGUCAGUGAUUCUGUAGGUUCCCAUAAUUGAAUAUAUUCUGUAAUCUUUCCCUGUUUUUUUUCUUUCUGCUUUUUUUCUGUUUCCUUUUAAAUAUACACAAUAAUCAUAAUCCCAACAAACCUUAGCAGGGCUUAAGCAAAUAUUAGACUCCAUGUAAGAUUUACAGGAUCAUUGUUGUUAGUUGUGAAGUCGUGUCCGACUCAUCGCG